GGGAGGGAUUGCUGUGCUGCUGAAUGACUGGGGAUGGAGGCUCAGCCCUGGUUAUGUACAAUGGGCGGACUCCCAGGACAGGCCUCCUCCCCCAUCACACAGCCAGACAAGCAGCAGCACAAGCUGGGACAAGUGACAGCACACAGGCUCAGCCACCAGUUGCUAAAUCCCUUGUGAAGACAUGGCUGGGAAGGCUCACAGACUCAGCGGGGAAGAACGAGAUCAGCUCUUGCCUAACCUCAGGGCAGUUGGAUGGAAUGAGCUGGAUGGCCGAGAUGCUAUUUACAAAGAAUUCCAUUUCAAGGAUUUUAAUCGGGCCUUUGGAUUUAUGACCCGGGUAGCAUUACAGGCUGAAAAAUUAGAUCACCAUCCAGAAUGGUUUAAUGUCUAUAACAAGGUUCAUAUCACUUUGAGCACUCAUGAAUGUGGUGGUUUAUCAGAAAGAGACAUCAAUCUGGCCAGCUUUAUUGAGCAGGUUGCCAAUACCCUGUCCUAACAGUAGGUGGCAGCAUUGCCAUGCAUUCAGAUGUCCAGUCUUUGCUUUAUUGGUGAUGUGAAUGAUAGGAAUGGGUCAUUCAUUUCCUGAGCCUUCAGCUGUAAGCCUUCUCCAAAGAAAACAAUCAAGCGAGGGAAGAAACUCUGCCAUGGCCUCCUGUCAUUAUUCUUGUACUCCAUUCCUCAUUUGUAAUCAUUUCUUACAGUAGUUAAAUGUUGGAAUCCAUCAACAGUAUUAGACUUUUUUUUUUUU